GAUGGUGAAUAGUGGAAGAGUAAACGUUUGAUAUAGCCCUAAUUGCUCUGCGUAAACUAAAGAAUUUACAUGCGUGAUCGCACAUAAGCGAAGCACGAUUCUGCCUGAUGAUAUUCAUCCCGCAAAAGACUACAACUAGCGUUUUAAAAAUGGUAAAUUAAUGAAAGCAAAGGAAAUAACAAGCUAUGCGAAAGAGAAGACGACAACGGAAAAGAAAGUGGUAUGAUAUAAAGGCGAAGAACGAACGAAGAUGGAGUAGUCGAAGAAAGGGAAAUGAUGAAGAGAAUGAAGAGAAAUGAUGAAGAUUUAUGUUCGACAAGGAAGUAAAAUGACAAACGAGAAAGAAGGUAGAGGAGAAGAUCAAAAGAAAGGAAAAGGAAGAAACGUAGCAGAAGACAAUGGAGAUAAAAAGAACUUGGCUAGCGUAAUUAAUGGAAAAGAUAGGGAAAACGAAAGAAAGAGAAAGAGAGAGAGAGAGAGAGAAAGAGUGAAGGAAAUAAAGCGGUGGAAGCGAUGCGGUGGAAUUGAAGAAGAACGAAAAACGAUGAAACGAGGCGCAAGGUCGUUUAGUAAACAAAGAGGAAGGGAACGCUCGAGGAUACACGCAACGAGGCCGUAAGAAAGAAAUGCGAAAGGGAAAGGGGGAAAGAAAAAGAGAGAAGGAGCAAGAAAAGGAAAGAAUGAAACCGCUUGGUAGUCGCACAUGCGGCGUGCAGCGGUGGCUGACUCGUUCGCGCAGACUCGGCCGUCUUCGUGUUCUCGCCGGGUUUCCGCAAAGAGAAAUAAAGAAAGGAAGGCGACCAAACGCGCGCGGGUCUCGCGCAAAAAUCAUUAAAACGCGUGCUCGAUUCGCGGCUGCGGCGUCGUUGUCGGCUCAUAGUCGACGAUUUAUUAGCGGGUAUCCGCCCGCUCGCUUGUCAGCCGACCGCAUCGUUUACUUUAAUCGACACCCGUCCGUAUAUUGUAAAUACUUGGACGUACGAGACACAUAAGAUUCUUUGGAGAAAACGGUGGCCCCUGGCCUAACAAGUGCCCGCGCGUCGCCGUAAUAUCACCGUGGCCACUCUAUUUUCCAUGUCUAGCGACGACGCGUGGAACGAGCCAGAAACGAACGACACGCGGCUCGGCAUGGAGUGGACUCGCGACAAAACUCUCGAGCUACUGCGCGAGUAUCAGCAGAGACGCGUUCUCUGGGAUUGGAAUGCUCGGGGGUAUCGCGACCGAACGAAGCGAAAACGCGCGAUUCAAGAGCUCGCUGAGAUUCUUUGCUGCAACACCCUCGAAAUCGAGAAAAAGAUCACGAAUCUCAAGUGUCAGUACUCGAGAGAAGUUCACAAGAUACAGAACAGCCGUGACGCAGCUACCGGCCCCGACGAUGUUUACGUAUCCAAGUGGUUCGCCUUUAAAGCGAUGCAGUUUCUGCAAUUUGGCACACGUAGAUACAGUAAAAGGAAGAAGAAAAUCGAGGAGGAGACGUCGAAGCUGCAAGAGGAGUACAUAGUUAGUGACAUCGAUCCCGAGAGCAUAACGUUUAUAGACUGUAACGAGGAGACGAACGGAUCGGGAACUGGCUCGUUCAACGCCUCGUUAAGCGAAGACGCGGAAGAAUCGUCAUCCUCGAGCUUGAAGGCGAUGGAAUUGUAUAACGGCUCGUCGCAGAAUCACGAUAGUCCGAUUUGCGAUCUGGACGAGUUCGGACAGACGAAAUUGGAGACUACUUCCGACGAACGAAAGAGAACGAAAGAGGAGUUCGCGAAAUUCGCGGAGAGUAUCGCGGUACAGCUGGCGGAGAUUCCCGACUCGUAUUCGAGGUCUGUAGCGAAGCUGAGGAUCAAUCAGAUCCUGUUCGAAGCGGAGAUAGGCGUCUACGCACAGACACGUCGCUAACAAAUGCAACUUCGUUCCGAGUUUGAAGAAACAAGUAAAAGAUGAUCGUACGACGAUGGUGAAACGUCUCCAUAGAAAGAAAUUUGUACGCUAUAUACGUGUUAUUUUGUCAUAAUUAGUCGGCGAGCGAGGCGAUGUGUUCAUAUUCCGUAUGGACGUUGUAUGAAUUCGCAACGAUGGACGAUAAUUAACGUCGGUGUCGGAGUACGAGAUGGAUUAGAGAGAUUGAAACAAGAAAUGCUUUUGUGACUGAAUGAGAGCGAACGAGUAACUCUAUUUAGCGCGUAAUUGCAGCAAGUAGAUGCAGAUACGUGUCGUAAUAUUAUGGGAACUAUCGUCAAAUAGUAGCGUGGAUCGUGCUCCAAAUGUACGAUCGUUUUAACGACACUCCCGAUUUUCACAUAGGAUUGUGUUAAUAUAUUAUAUUUAAUUCGAAGUUCGUCAGAGAAACGACAAUACGAAGACUUUUAGCGUUUCUUGCUUAUCAGGAUCAUUAUUCGAUUCCCAUUUCUAUCUUAAAUCACAAAUUAAUUAAUUAAAUCACAAAUUAAUCAUCGAUACAAGCUACGCGAAACUUCGAAUCGAUGAUUAAGGAUAGUAACGUAAGUUAAAUAGUCGGGAUUUUUAACGAAACACAUUGAACAAUUUAUUGGAAUUAACUUUUCGUCCUUUAGAUAGACAAUUUUACACAAUGGAGUGUAAAACUUGCCUGAACAGAUUGUAUAAUAAGACACGAAAGUUGUACGAAUUAAGACGUAAUUUACAGCUGAAUUCGUAAAUUUGAAUGCAUGUAGCUGGCAAAAAGUCGUUUGUGAUAUCGCUGAUUAUACGAAGCGAAGUUUAAGGGAUUUGAACGAGACAUUUAAGAAAUUGUUUAUACUUGAUAUUAUAUUUUUUUGUAAAAGAUCCUUUCCUGGGAAUUAAUCGUUCAAGGCCCCAGGUAUAAACUCGAAUAUCUCUUUGGAAGAAAGAUAAACGAUCUACGUAUUAUUAAGAUUGUUGCGCUCCGAAAGUGAGAGGAUUCUGUGGAAUCGAACGAAUAAUUGACAUUGUCAAGGGGUAGUAAAUUUUACAAAAUAUUAGAAAAAAGGUAUUUUGUGAUUAAAAGCCAGAACCGCGCUGUAUUAUAAAAGGUAAACGAAAGGAGGAAUUUAUUUUCCAAUAUUUAAAUACCUUUUGCGUAUGAAAAAUACCUUAACAGGUACGUUAUCGUUUUAGGAUUCGAUUCAUGAAAAAGACUGUAUUUCUAAAGUGUAUUGCUAUUUUUCGCGAUUGUUAUUUGUUUGUUUGUUACGGUGUAACGAUAAUACGAAUCAAGUAUCUUUUUAAAAUAUCUUUGAUCGAUCGAACGUUAUAUGUAAUCGUGAAACGAAAUGUUACUCAUAUUCGAUGGAAAUAACGGAUAUGUGAUUUUAAAUGUGAAUAUAAGUUAAAAGUCCAUGACAUUUGAGUCAAGUUGAACAGAAUAAUGAUGAAACACUGGUGAACUCGCUGGAAUAUUUAGGAGGAGAGUUUAUAAACUUACGAAUAAAAAUUUAUUCAUAUUAAGCAAUGAACAUUUGUUCAAUUUGAAGGAAAAAGUACGUAAUAAAGAUUUUUCUCUAUACGAACAA